AUUUGCCACAGCGGGGCGUGCACCGGAAGAGGCGGUCGGCGGGCCGGAAGUGGGUCGGGGACGCCGGGGCCUCAGGCAGAGAUGAAGCCGGCGGUGGACGAGAUGUUCCCGGAGGGCGCCGGGCCCUACGUGGACCUGGACGAGGCAGGAGGCAGCACCGGGCUCCUGAUGGACUUGGCAGCCAAUGAAAAGGCAGUUCAUGCAGACUUUUUUAAUGAUUUUGAAGACCUCUUUGAUGAUGAUGACAUCCAGUGACGUGUGUCCGGCCGUGCGUCUGGUCAAGCCCUUGUCCCCUGGUGAUGUGGUGGAUCUCCUCAAAGGACAGUUUCAGAUGGUUCCAGAGAACUUGUGGAAAUGACUUGAAGUUAGGAGAUGGCUGACCAAGAAAGAGGAGGACAAUUUUAACAUCUGGGUGGGCCUGUUGCUCUCUGAACAUGACCAGCCUCUGUCCUUAACUUCAAUUAAAGAAAAGUGAUGUCAUCA